AUGAAUCUGGCGGACGAUGAAGCCCUAGUUUGGGGAAUGGAAGGAAAGAGUUCACAAUUGAUGGUUUAUGACUUCACCGAAGUACUACAGGCUACAGGUGACUUCUCAGAAGAAAAUAAACUUGAGCAGGGUGGCUUUGGUCCUGUGUACAAGGGCCGAUUUCCAGAUGGGAUGGAGAUAGCAGUUAAGAGACUUUCUUCACAUUCAGGGCAAGGUUUCAUGGAGUUUAAAAAUGAAAUCCAGCUCAUAGCCAAACUCCAGCACACAAACCUGGUUAGGCUCUUGGGAUGCUGCUCCCAGGGAGAGGAAAAAAUACUAGUAUAUGAAUAUUUGCCAAAUAAAAGCUUGGACUUCUUCAUUUUUGAUCAAACAAGGAGGGCUUUGCUUGAUUGGACUAGACGCCGAGCAAUAAUAGAAGGGAUAGCGCAAGGACUAGUUUAUUUGCAUAAGCACUCUCGGUUACGAGUCAUUCAUAGAGAUCUUAAAGCAAGCAAUGUUCUCUUGGACUCUGAAAUGAACCCUAAAAUUUCAGAUUUUGGGCUCGCUAAGAUAUUUAGCACAAAAGAUACUGAAGGACACACAAGAAGAAUCGUUGGGACAUAUGGUUAUAUGGCUCCUGAGUACGCAUCAGAGGGCCUCUUCUCAGUGAAAUCUGAUGUAUUCAUCUUUGGUGUGCUAAUUCUGGAGAUCAUCAGUGGGAAAAGAGCAUCGAGUUUCCAUGGGUACGGGGACUUCAUCAACAUUCUAGGACAUGCAUGGCAGUUGUGGAAAGAAGGAUUAUGGCUUGAACUCGUGGACACAUCACUAGUUAGUGAUGUUCAUGCACUAGAAAUUGUUAGAUGCAUUAACAUUGCAUUGUUAUGUGUGCAAGAGCAUGCGGCUGAUCGACCGACCAUGUCACACGUGGUUUCCAUGCUAAGCAGUGAUAGUAUGACACUACCUGAGCCAAAGCACCCUGCAUUUUUCCACACAAGGGUGACCACCGAAGAAGUGUCCACAGUUUAUGAUCCGCCUAGUCUUAAUGGUGUGACAAUAUCUGCCCAAGAUGGUAGAUAG